UCAUCCCCUACUAUUAUGGUAUCAGCCUUGAGAAUCCCCGGACGUGGCGGAGCUCGGGCGCUCAUUUGGGCGGAGGAAAGUGGAGCAAGGUGAAUCCCUGCACUGCCACUUUGUCGCAAUAUGAGAAUGGACAACUGUCCUUUCGAUCUACUCGCCCUUUUUUGCGAUUGGCUUUGGGAGCCCCGCGAUUUAGCCUCUGUUUCGUCAACAAGUAGGUCUCUCUGUCGAGCCGCGACCCCUCGCCUUUAUUCGUCACUACGGUUUGGUGCUAAGCAGGCCGCCAAAUGGAGACAUGAGGCGUCAUUUAUACACACGAUAAAUCGGCGCUGUGAUCUAGGGGAAUACGUCAGAAGCAUCGAUAUCGUCAUGGUGCCACUCGGACCCUCAGGACCUGAUCAGACGUUCUACUCUAUGUGCACUCGUGCCAUAGAGAUCUGCCAUAACUUACAUUCCUUUUCAUCGGUACCUUUGCAAACAAAUCAAUGCGCAACGUAUAUGGUGGAGAAGCUGCUCUCACUGCGAGGACCGUCGCUCUCCUCUCUUCGCCUGCCCUCUGGAGUCGUCGGAACUUUGGAAGUCCUCGGGACUUGUACAAGUCUCUCUGAGUUACAUUUGGAGCGGCCCAGCCAUGUGCUAUUGUCAGCUCUUCCGACAUGGAUUGAUGCACUUACUUCGACACUGAGGUCAUUUUCCCUCUCGGACUCGAACGUAUCUAAGGAGUUACUCGACGAUGUUCUUUCGAGAGCUCCUGGGAUCAUCACACUGUCCAUUAAACAUUGCAGUUCUAUUGGCCUCACGGACCUGCUGAUCCUGGUAUCCAAAAACCUUCCAGAACUAGAGUCUCUUUCCGUUGCUCUGAUGAAUGGCUACAUGCCCGUUGGGGAUUUCGACGCGACCUUGACUAACCUACGGAGCUUCAGCAUCGAAAUCGGAACAACCGGGUUGACUUCUAACGGGUCCGACAAGCGCAGUAUGGACACCCAACCGUGGACAAGCGCUUUGCGGUGUAUCAAGAACUCCCCGCUUCAGUCCCUCACACUAAAGAAAUCUAGCGCUCCGGCUGUAUUACCAUCCGAGCCGGUGCCCCUUAGUAUUCUCUGGGAGGAUAAGCAACCUCCUCCCCUUAAGCGGCUUGUCGUAUGGGGGUCCAAUCUUACGCUGGAUGCCGUACAAAAGAUUUGUAUGGUCUUCGAGCACCUUGAAGUGUUGGGCGUGCAUUUUUCCGGGUUGAGCACCGCUCGAGCCUGUAACGUACUCAAUAAAGCCCGGAAUCUCCACACAAUCUUAGACAAUCGAUCUCGGGGCAUCCGUCCCGAUAUAGUCCGCGCUUUAUUGAUAAGUACGAAGCUCCGGCGAAUAUAUCUAGAUCGUGAACACUGGGAGAUUUAUUCGUCCGUUCAAAAAACGAACACAGGGGAACUGACAAUCGUCCGGGAGAUCAGGUUUUCGGUGAGCCAGCGCUAAUAUGACGUUGUGUGAAUUUUUCGUUUCAAAUACACGAGGACAAUACCGACAUUCGGUGAAUAGCACUGCAAUGGGAGUUUCUUGAAUGGCUGUCUUUCGCUCAUCUUACCGUACAAUGGGUCUUGAUCUGAAGAAGGGACGUUCUGUGUUUCGGCGGUACAAAAAAAUGAACAUCGAUCUGGAUCAUAUAGCCGGAUUCAGAUGAUGGCGUGACCUGCACAUAAGGCCAACCGCCAGCCAUUUUCGUCUUAUAAAGGAAAGGAAGUAGUUGGCGCAAAAUGGCGAGGUUGGAUGAAUGGACGAAAUGUAUUUAGCUAUGCAUGCAUGUCAUGAUCAUAAUUACAGCACGAGCGGAU